CCGCUAGCUACUCAGAAUGUCGCCCGCUCUGUAUUUUCGCGCCAACGAUCCACCACUACCGAAUCAGCAACCGAGAAAUUGAGUCCGCGAUGGUUGGGACAUGUCAAGCAGCGAUUGGGAAAGUGCAUGAUGUUCGGGAUGAAGCCUGAGCAAGUGGCCAGAGCAGGUACCGUGCUAGAAACGGUAGCAAGAGAUUGGCGAGAAUUGGUUGCUGGCAGCGAAGGCUUCUUGACCUCGGAGGAUCGCAGGNGGUUCUAUCGUCAUGCGGUCGUCUGGGGAGAGAUGGAUAGCAUGNCUGAGAGGACAAACAGUCAUGUCAACAACGUGAUGUACAAUCGCUAUGCCGAGUCUGCUCGCGUCAAUUGGACCAGAAACUUUGCCGUGGAAAUUGAUCCCAAGCACAAAAAAGAGUGGACUGAACUCAUGACGCCUAAGAGUCUAGGUCUGAUUCUGAGAUCUAUCACCACCAACUACAAGUUUCCGAUGAAAUGGCCUGAUCACAUUUCGGUAUACCACAAACUCGCAUCCGAACCGACAGCAGAAACCGACUCUUUCGUGUUAGACGUGGUCAUCAUGUCUGAACUGCAGCAACGGCCAGCAGCACGCUGUGUGGAAGACAUAGUCGUCUAUGACUAUCGGGCGGGUAAAAAGGCACCUUUGUUGCCAUUCAUGGUAGAUGCCUUUCGCAAAACUUGGAAGUUGCAAGAGGAAGCAAAAAAAGAAANNAACAGUGAGAAGGUCAGACAGUUGCUCGACGAGGUUAGAGCGCUUGAGAAAGAGACUUGGGACAGGCCUGACGCUGUGGAAGACAUGNGUGUUGCUGGGCAA